AUGGUGUUUGUUCGCAUCUAUACCGGCGAGGACGGCCAGACUCAUUUUGAAGACUUGGAUCUGUCCGGAAACCGCGCCAUUCACAGCGGAAUGCAGGUAACGCCGGGCGUUAAUUUCCGGCGAUUCGAUCCCGGUUAUUUCUCAGACUGGCACACCGCUCCUCGCCGACAGUAUGUAAUCACGCUGGCCGGGGAAAUGGAGGUUGGGAUUGGUGACGGCACCAAGCGCCGCUUCGGGGCCGGCGACGUGCUGUUGGCCGACGACCUGACCGGUCAGGGUCACACCACGGCGGUGGUCGGCGACCAGCCUCGCGUUUCGGUCACGAUUCCCCUCACACUGUGGUCGCCCUGGUUGCCGGCAGACCAAUAG